AUGACUGGAAAGGAAAACGACAGUGGGCUAGCUUUUCAAGUCCGCCAGCCUCCGGAGGCCGGGGCGGAGGGCGCCCCCUCGGGGACCCCCGGAGCUCGGGUUCUGGGCCCGCCGGGCCUCCCGCACCCCUGCGACCCCGCCCGGCACGCCGCCCCUCGCCCCUCCAGCGGCCGGGGGCGCCGAGCGCCUCCGGAGGGCGGCGGCAGCGGGACGCCGGAGCCGGGCUGCUGCGCGCAGCGCGGGCGUCCCCGCCGGAAGGGUGCCCGGUGGCAUAUAGAUCUCCAGCCGUGGGCCGGCCCUGCUCAGGCCCUGGAUGAAGAAGCCUUGAGGUUCCUGACAUACAUCAGCACCACCCAGAUUGCAUGCAAUCACAUCAGCACAGACAGCCUAGCUACCGACUCCAGCCCUGCAAAGAAGCCUUGGUCAGUCUGUCUUGAUGACAGGUUUGGCUUAGCUCAUCAAAUCCGCAGCAAGCAAUGCCGCCUCUACUCUUUAGGGCUGGGGAAUGAUGAUACCCAAUUUGAGGUUAGCAUGGCCAACAAUGGAUGUGAAGUACAUCGUUUUGAUCCUAGUGUUAAAUCAGCUCAUGUCCUGGAGAGCCCACACCUUUGGUAUCAUCGCUUGUCCAUCGACUGGCGGGACCCCCAUCCGGCUGUUGCUGCCCCCAAACCGUACGGCAACACCAGAAAACUGGGAACCAUUUUGAAUGAAUUUGGGCAUCACAAGAUUGAUGUUCUCAAAGCAGAUCUGGAAAGCGCAGAAUGGAAAGUUUUAGAAAACCUCAUUCUGGAAGAUGUCCUCGAUCGAAUUGGACAGCUCACCUUUGAGGUUCAUCUCCACUGGCCCGGGUUCGAGGUCAGUGGUGGGGACAGCAGCGUCGUGCGGUUCUGGUACAGCCUCCUCAAAGAGUUAGAACUAAAGGGCUUCAGACUUUUUCAUAGUUACAAAGACUUAUCUAAACCUCAGAUGUUGCUCAAGAAAGAUAUUUUCAAUGCAAGUAGCUGUUAUACUCUGAGUUGGGUGAAUACAAGAUGGAAAUAGGAGACGGGGCCUCCUCAAAAACUCCAGGAAAUCAUUGCAGAAGGAGGUGCAUCUGGCUAAUUGUCAGUGUACUGGCCCAGACUCCACCAGCCUGGAUUGUGUUAUUGCCUCUGCAGUGCCUGUAGCUUGACACUUGCCACGUGGUAGGGGCACAGUUAACCCUUGUGGAAGGGAUGUGCCAUAGGAGUCAGCCUCUGUCUGCCCAGAUCCUAGGCCUUUCUCCUGUUUGCCUCUGACCAAGUGGGGAUGCUUGUCCUCCUUCAUUUUAACAUGGAAGCCAAUCCCCCACAUAGCUGCUUUCCCUAAAAUUCGUUAUGUAUCUGAAGUUCAUGAAUUUAGCAACAGGAAGAAGAAAUUCUAUACAUUUUCCAUUUUUACUGCGUUCAUGAGAUUAAGUCUGUAGCUUACUGUUCUGAAUAGGGCCUUUCAUUUGACUUUGACUCAAAGGUUUUUUUUCCUCGUUCACCUUGAUCAAUAACAUUGUUUACAGCCUUGUAGUUUUCUAUCCUUCCUACUUGGCUUUUUGCUGAGGGCUGUGCUGUGGCGUUCUAAGAGCCUGUGCUCUGGGGACUGAGACACACACCACAUUCUACCAUUGAGUUUACAGGACUAGAUUAUCAAGAACUUCAACUCAGGAUUCCUUCAGACUCAGCCUUAAAUCUUACCCUUCUGUUCCUCCGAAACUAAACACAAAAUAGAAUUUGCAUGUCUUUACUGUUGCCUUUUCUGACUUCAGACCUGAUUUCUCAACCACCAAUUUGCCUAUGCUGUCAAAUUGGGUUUUUUAAAAUACAUUAUCUGAAAGAUUAAGUGAGUUUUUCUUAACUGCCAGUUGGCAUUCAUUAUAAAACUGUGGCCUGAGAGCCAAAAUCUGUAUCUUUCCUAGGAUGGUUAUGCCAUAUUUCAGUAGUGCCAAUCCUUUUUACAUUUUUAAAUAUUAAACAGAAGAAUGUAGGUUCUUGGUAUUUCAAAUGAUAUCUAUCAUUUUUAUUUAUAGCAUUAGACAUUUAUCCCUAUGAAUAUUUUCAGAAAUUCUACUUCAAAUAAGCUAAACGGUAUAAAAUAAAGCAAAUUAUUACCUUUUGAUAAA